AUGUUUCGAUAUUCGCUAGCGUUUUUCUGCCUUUUUCCGCCUCUCGUUCAAAUGACCGUCUCGUUGAGGGCUCGUCGCGAAGCUGAUGAUUCUACAUCGAUGCUAUUGUUGAGCUUGAAGUUGCCUAAGGAGUUGUUGAACAGUACAAAAUCGACACCAGCGACUGAAUUUACUCCAACGACGAAACUCACUACGACGGAAUCGACUACAAUUGGGAAAUCUACAACGAACAACGAAUCUACAACGUCCAGUCCGACCGUGAGCAAAAACUCGGCUCUCAUAAAUCUUCCUCCUUCUCCUCUUCAUCCAUUCAUAAAUUCAUCUGACACAAGAACGCCUUUUUUCAAUCCGUCGCCAACACUGCAACAAAAGAACUACGACAAUGCUGAUACAUUGCUUAUGCUGGAAUCAGACAAUCCACCGCUUCGUCGUGCCGCGUACUUCUUUGCCGUAGUUCUUAUCAUCACGCAGGCUUGCUGUAUUUGUUGUGUUAUCGCUGUGCCCCUGCUGGCUGUUUUUGCAUGCAUCUUCUUGUACCGAAAAAUUGGACCAUUGGAAAAUUGGACGCAAAAUCGCGAGGACGGCUACAGAGCGAAAUGGGAAAAGAAAACCGUGCGCAAGUUGGCAGAUGGUUCGAUGAAGAGCGGUUCAAAGGGCUUCAAGGACAAACAA